UUUCCUUUUAGUUCCUCUUUAGCAAUGAGAUUAAUGUAUCAAACAACAUCACCUGGAGAUGGGGGUUGCGUGUUAGUCUAAAACCUUUUAAGUUGAGUUUUCCUGGUGUGUGUGUGUGUAUGUGUGUGUCUGUCUGUCUGAGUGUGAUCUUGAGAACAUGCGCAAGUCAGGAAGACCCCUAAAAGGGGUGUCCUUGUAAUAGUAUUAGCUAUUGCUUUUAUGUCAUCCUCUAUCCAGUUUAUUCACUCCUGACACUGUCACUUAAAUACACAAGUAGCUGGUUUUUACAUUGCUGAAUAUUGAUUUCAAAUGAUUAUCUUCCUGUGUGACUUUCUGUCUUCCUGUUACAUGGCCUGGCAUAAUACCAAGUGGCCAGAUAUAGUAAUGAAAGAACUUUUUUUUUUUUUUCCCCCAGAGGCAUGUAUUUUGUUUACUGUCAUUUUAUGAAAAAUGUGAGAUGUGAGAAAUAUGUCUAGGUAUUUAUAUAUUUUUAAACCAGCCUUACUUUCCCAAUCUGCACACACUAUAUUUAAUGAAUUAUUUGAACAAUCUGGUAGAUCUACAAGUCCACCAGUAAUUUACAUAAUCAUUAUAGCAUUAUUUGAAUUACUUUUUAAAAAAAUUUAAGCAAAUAAGCAGCUCCUCCUUUGUGGUUUGGACCCCAUUCCCAGUAGUGAUGAGCUCUUUUCUUCCGGCUCUUUUCAGUGAGUCAGUUCAUUCGGCUCAGCUCUCCAGGAAGAGCCGACUCUUCUGGCUUCCAAACGGCUCACUGCCUUUUCUUCUAAGUCAGACAAUAAUCAUGUACGAUACCAGUGAUUCUCCUACUUUGUCUAACUAUGGCUGGAAUGUUUGUUUACAGAAAUCUUACUCUGCUUACUAAUUAACAAAUCAUGAACAUGAACAUUACUUUGUAUAGUUUUAUAAAUCAUUUUAAAUAACCUAACUGCAAAAUCAGCAAGGCACUGCAAAAGUGACGUGACAAAUAAUUAUCCCUUUACCAACUAUUAAUGUUAUUCUGCUAACUGUCUCUGUGCUUCCUAAUAUUCAUUUCCAUUUAUCCUGAUAAUCUAUAAAAAAGCUCAUUAUGCAAUGGGCUCUCAACGUUCAUGUAAAAUAGCCGGCUCGAAGAGUCGAAUUGUACCCAGUAUUUUCGUCAUGAUUCGGACCUCACAUCAGUUUCAGCUUUCGUUUCUUUAGUUCUCUCAUCUAAACUUCCGAAAUCGAAACAGAAUUCACUGCUUCCUGUACAAACGACGCGUCUGUCAUUACGCAAUGCCACAGCUCCAGCUAAAUACCCUGACCAUAUCACAACAUAACCAUUAACACGAUCAAGCACCAGCAAUGCGUUUGAUCCGCGUGAAGCUGCUUCCGCGUUAUCGUUAGUGGAGAAACGGGAAGUGCACCUUUUUAUAUAGAUGUUUUUUUUUUUGUUUUUUUUUUUUAAUCAGGCUCUUCACAUCGUAUAUUGUGCUUCGCAACACGAACGACUGUUUUUGUUCCUGCCCUUAGUAAAUAUGAGGAAAUUGUAAAUAUUCAAACAUCUACAUGGAAACAAUAUCAUGAUGAGGACAGUUAGAUCUUUCUCUUAAAGGGCUUUGAGGAAGUUCACUACAUUUCCGGGAUGGCUGAAAGGAGGGCCGUGGAAGAGACUAAUAGACGAGAAAUAUCACAUUCAACUGAACUUCCUGCAGAAAUUAAAGACUGGGAUAAAGAACAUGUGAGAGACUGGAUUUUUAGAUUAACGGAUGUGGAUAAUGAAAAUGCAGAGAUUCUGCAUAAGGAGAACAUUAGUGGACCAAGUCUUCUAUUACUAGACAUAUCAUUUCUUCAAAGUAUGGGCAUUAAGAUGGGACCAGCAAUACUGAUUAUUCACAAGAGAGAUGAACUGAAGGCUCACCAGAUGAACAGCUCAGAAAGCCAGUCUGGUAAUUCAUGUAAGCCCUAUCCUUUUAAUCAAUUCCAUGCCGCCUACAGAUACAAGGAAAACAGGAUACUUGAUGUAAUAGAAACAGGUGCUCUAAACUUCAUAGAGCCAUGUCACGAGUACAAAGCAUUUAUUAAUUUCCAAAAUGUGACAACAGAGGAAAAGCUGAAAAAGUUCACAGAUGAAGUUAUUAGAUUUGCUUCUGCUUGCAUGAACAGUCGGACUAACGGUACAAUUCAUUUUGGAGUUGGUGAUUUAAAAGAGUUCAGUCAUGGACAAAUUUUGGGUGCUAGUGUUGAAGACAAAGAAGCAUUUGUUAAGAAACUAGCAGAAGCGAUUAAGGGGCGGUUUGAACAUAAGCACACUGAUGUGGCAAAAAAAUGUAUUAAACCACCAAGGUUUGUUGAGGUUCUUGAAGCAAAUAUGACAUUCUCAGGAAAGUAUGUCAUAGAAGUAGAUGUUGAACCAUCCUUCUUGGUUUGUAAAGACAGCUUCUUUCACAUCUACAAUGUAGACUCAAGAAAAGCAAAAAAAUCUAAAAUCACAACUGAUGAGAAGGAUAUUGGUAAAUUUUUUUACAUUCGAGACAACAGCAGUAGCAGAAAUCUUCUUGUUCAAAAUUCCUCCCCAAAGUCCUUAGAAGAGUACAACAAGCAUGUUGAUAAUAUGGCACAUCUGUCUAAGUUGAGGAAGGAAGCUGAGGAAAAGCAUCUCACUGUUGUUAAAAGUAGUGUGCAAGGUUCUAAGCUUUGUGAGAUGCUAACAGGAGGCUCAUGGUCUUUGGACAAAUCUCACUUUGAGCGAUAUGUAUUAGUUGUUAACAAAUCUCAUCCAGUUCAAAGAGAAUCUCUAGCAUUCCUUCUGGACAUGAACCUAACAGCUGUUUUGGACUUUGAUCCAGAAUCAACUGAGACUGGCUUGAAUAAGCUAUUUGAUGAGAGAAACACAAAUGUUCAUUUGCCUAUGCAGUAUAAAAUCACGGAGACCGUUGAGGACAUUGCAGAAAAGCUGAAGCUGACCAGAGCCACAAGCUGGGUUUUCUGUAAUGGAGGAGUAAAAGAUGUACCACCCUCUGAUGCAGAUAACUGGUUAACAGAGAAAGGUUCUUCCAUUCGUGAUGUUGUGUCAUUCCUCUGCCGAAAGGAUGUGCUGCCUCACAAAAAAUUUCUUAUCAUAUUCAUUCUGUUGAGUGAUGUUACUGAAAAGCAUGAUCCUCUCCUUGAGACCUUCAGUAUGUUUUUGCAGGAGCUGCAAGGUACAGAGCAAAUCCUAUGCAUAUGUGAAAAUGAAAGGGCAUACACUUACUGGAAAGAUCUCGUUGAAGCUCGGUGUAGAAAAGACAUAUCUAGAAGAUGCAUUUAUGAGCUCAGUUUUGCAGAGAUUAAUGGUACUGUCCUCAGUCUGUGGUCAGAAAAUCGCAAAUCAAGCAGAUUUUUGCCUGGUGCUGGUGGUAAGGUUUUAUUACCAAAGAAAGUGGAGGGCAGCUUGGAUAAACUGAAUGUUCUAUGUGUAAACCAAUGUGAAGGAGGCAAUGAAGACAAACUGCAACUGGAAGAAACGUUUUACAAGGGAGGAAAGGUGUCCUGGUGGAACUUCUACUUUUCAGAGCAGCCAGGAUCAAUGCCAUUUAUCAAACGAGACAAGUUUGACUACAUCACUGAUACUAUUAUUCCAGAUAUGUGCUCCCUCAGGCAAGCUUGUGUUCGCUUCAACAUAUUCCAUAUUCCUGGUUGUGGAGGAACUACUCUGGCCAUGCAUGUUUUAUGGACAUUAAAAGAGAAAUUCCGUUGUGCAAUACUGAAAAACAAUACUGAAACAAAAACUGACUAUGGAGAUGUAGCACAACAGGUAGUUAACUUAUUGACCUACGAGACAAUGGAGCAGCAAACCCGGCUUUCAGUGCUGCUCCUGAUAGAUGACUUUGAAGACCUUGAUGAUGUAAAUGAUCUCCAGCAGCACAUUGAAAAAGAAUGUCAAAAGAAUAAUUUAUCUGCCAAGUCUCCCCAGGUCAUCCUUCUUAAUUGUAUGAGGGCUGACUCAUGGGAGCAGACUGAAGCAACAGAUGACACGGUUUUCAUCGGUAACAAACUGUCUGUGAAGGAACAAAGAUUAUUUGAGAAAAAGCUAGAGGAAAUUGAAAAGAUUUACAAAAAUGCUGAAACAUUCUAUGGUUUCAUGAUCCUGAAGACAGACUUUUCUCCAGAGUACAUACAGGGUAUCGUGAAAAAUACACUGAAGGGCUUCAACUUCACUAAGAAAGAUGCUCAACUCAUUGCGGGUCUAGUACUCUUGAGUUGUUACUGCAAGAGUGCAAAGAUGUCAGUCUCUAUAUGUGAAGAAUUUCUUGGCCUGUCAACAAGGCCAGACUCAACUUCAUGCAAGGUUGAAGAUGGAUUUGGGAAGUUUUCCACACUUGUAACACGAUGCACAGCAGAGUCUAGUGUGGAGUUUCAGGCUGUAAGAGUGAUCCACUCAAGUAUGGCAGAACACUGUUUAAAAGAACUUACAGCUACUUUUAAUGUAUCUCAAGCACAGAUUACUGACUUUCUACUGACAACAGAUGUGUUUUACAGUUGCAUUCAGGGAAAGGCAAAACUCAUGCAGGACAUUCGCAAGAUGUUAGUGAAAAGGCAUUACUCACCUGAGAGUGUCCCAGCAGAUUUUAAUUUUUCCCCACUUAUCCAAGCCAUUGAAAAGGAGACUCCAGGGUGCGAGGAGAAUGUUUUGCUUAAUGCUGCUAAACGCUUUGAAAAAGAUGCAGUAAUAUCCCAGCUCCUUUCCAGGUACCACUAUCUAAAGAGAAAAGACUUUAGAGAGGCAAAAGUUUGGGCAAAGAAGGCAAGAGAUCUCCAGAGGGAUAACUCCUACAUUUGUGAUACCUCUGCACAAGUAAUUAAGCAUGAGCUUAAAGAUGCUAUCAGCAAUGACAAAGAUCAUGAAAUAAAACCUGACAAAUUGAAAGAAUAUCUCAAAAUGGCUGAGUCUGCAACAGAAGCUUUCAAAGAAACACAAGAAAUUGCUAAAAGGGAAGCUUUACUUCGAUAUCAAACAAAAAAAGACUUUAGCCCCUAUAACACUGCUGGUCGCCUUGGUGAGCUUGAAGUUGCUGUUAUAGUGAUAAAGAUACUGGAAAAGAUCCCAGUGUUUUCUUUAGACAAGCUUCGUCAUGACAUUCUGAGUCAGGUUCUCUCAGGUAAAAUAAAAAUACAAGAUGUGGCAGCAAAAGACCCAAAAAGGCAAAAGAAUGCAUCCUAUUACCAUUUUCUGCAGGAAUUUUCAGAUCUUCUGUAUAACCUCAGAGACAACAUGAAGAAACACUUUGAUUUUCUUGACAAUUAUUUUGUCAACUUGAGCUCAUUUUACUCCCAAAAAGACACCCGAGAGUUCAGGACACGAGAGAAGGUCUUCAAGUGCUUUCAACAGUAUGUUAGCCUCUUUUGCAGUACAGACACAAAAGAACUGAUGAAAAACAGGACACUGACCACCAUGCUCAAAAUUGAGAAAACACGGCAAUGGCUGGAAAAAAACAAAGCUGAUUCCUACAGUGGACUGCUUGAAUUUCUUUCCAAAGAAAGUUUUAAUGAAUCACCAGAAAGUACAACAGGAAAGAUUGAACAAGUCAUCAAUCAUUACAAUUUUAUUUUGAAAAACUCUCCACCACAAAAUGAUAGGCACUUCAAGGACAAGGUCAACUUCAUCUAUGCAAAUAUUGUUCUCAGUAAAAUUAGCCUUGAAUCUCAGCUUCUCUUGCCCUACAGGAAUCUUCUUAAACUUGUCUGUGAAACACUUCACCGUUGCACCCCUCUCAAUGACAGCUUAGCAUUGCAUUUUAUUGCAGUGAUGAUGCUAUGGCCAGAGACCAUCCCUAUUUUGUCAGGAGAAAAAGAGAGUGACAGGUUGGGAAGUUACGUGUCACAGAUGAGAAGUUCUUUUUCAAAUGAAAUGAAACCAGUAUGCAAUGGCAAGAGAGCAGUUGUUCAUUUUUACAUGGGGCAGAGUUCAGGUUAUUGUCGUCUAAUCACUCAGAAGGACAUUGAUACAUGUGUGGGCUCACAGCAGGCAAUGUCAGGACAACUGCAAAAUGGAAAGAUAUGGGAGAACGAGAAGGUCCAAACUAUGCUCUGCAGAGUCUCAGGAAAGGUUUCUAAAAAUGGCAUUAUGGCAGACACAUCAAAUCCAAAUGUGAAGGUUGCAGUUGCUCCAUUAUUUAAAAGUCAGCUGUGUGGAGAUCUGGGUGACAGAGUAUCAUUUUUUGUUGGAUUUUCCAUGAAUGGUCCAGUUGCACUUGGCAUUCAGCCUGAGUCAUAGAUUUUCUGAUUGAUUUAGUGAAGGCCUUCAUACCCAAACUUCGUAAUUCAUGUUUAUAAUAAUAAAAGUCUAAACAAGUAGAUACUAACCUACAGCAACUUGCACACCAGGUAAAAAAAAAUGUUCAGUUGUGUGUCCCUUUAGAUAUGAACCCAUCAUAUCAUCAAACUCUUCAGCUAAAAAGACUGAUCCUCUUUUUAUUGUUGUCAAUAUCCACCACAGGUCUGUAUCCUACAUUGUUACUAAAUAGGUUAAAGGGUGUGUAGCUGGCUAAUUGCAGGACAGUUGAGGCUUAUUGUGAAGCCUAGCCAAUUUAUUUAAUUUAUUUUUGCUUUUGAUGUGUUCUCAAGGCUUGUGUAAUGCUGCACAAAAAUACCAUGUUACUUAGAAUAAUACAUAACUGAUGAAAGAGAUUCAGUGCUUGCUUAUUAAUCACUGGGUAACUAGACCAGUGAGUAACUAACUGAAAUAUGAUGCCAUAAAAUUAGUUCAGCUUUUCAGCUUUUUAAAUUUUUUUUUUUAAUCCUGUACUGUUUUAUGUCCUAAACAAUUUAAUUUCUUUUUUGAUCUUUAUUCCUUUUGUUUUUUUUAAAAAGUGAUUUGUAUUUCUGGGUUACCUUAUGCUUUUUGCAUUUAUUUUUAAAUCUUUUGUUAAUUGUGGUGGUCUCAAAUGUUCCAUUUUGUACUCAUAGAGAGUGUGUCCUCUCUGGCACUAUCAAUAAAUAAAUAAAUAAAUGUACAAAGCAUAUAAAUAUGA